UUUUACUGGGCAGGGAGCUCACCCCGCCUUCCGGCCUCCAGCGGGUCGGACGGCCUGCCGCCUGCAGGAGCGCAUUCCCCGCCUGGGCCCGGGGCUCCGGUUGCGAGCCACCCAGGCCUCAGAGGAAGACGCGCUGUGCCUUCCCAACCGGCUCCGGGGACAGUGCAGCCCGGAGUUCCGAGAGCCAGGGCCCGGUCUCGACAACAGGAGGGCCGCUCCCACCGCACUUGACCUGCUCGCUCCUUCCCAGCAGCUCGUUCUCUGCAGGGCGGGGCGACAAGGUCGCCCGAGUCCUUGCGGGACCGAGCCAACUUCUGGCUUCUCUGAGGAAACUGACUUGGUAAAGGAGGAGCAACCAAACUAGGAGACCCCAGUCUUCUGCUGACUGGUUUCAUCUACUUCAUGGGCAUACAUUUUGGAAUACAAAACACUUGAAAUACCGGUGUGAAAUAAAACAAGUUGCUGCAUUGGCCGGGAAUCGAACCCGGGCCUCCCGCGUGGCAGGCGAGAAUUCUACCACUGAACCACCAAUGCUGUUGAUGUAAUGUGCUUUCUGCAGCGCAUUCCUUUAACAAAAUCACCGUCGCUAGCGGAAAAUCAGCCUGAGACACGAUUUCGAAAACAUUGCUUUAAUAUUUCAAAAGUUAAAAAAGAAAAAUAAUAACUAAACUCCCGGCUUUGAGGCCAUGGUUCUAUUCGCACGUUAACGUGUUUUCGACUUUUCCCGAGUCGCAGGAUUCAACCUACCAAGGGGAGAGUUGGUUCCCCGGAAGUUUCUGCCUUAACUGACUUCUCGUCCCCAGCACCAGCCCGGAGGGGCUGGAACCUUCUCGCCGCGCUGAGUCAGAGGCGGGUGGGGCCGCCGCGGCCCGCUGAGUCAGCCCGAGCGGGCGGCGGGGCGGCGCGGGGCUCCGCGCGAGGGCGCCGGAAGGUUCGCGGCGGCGGGGGCGGGAGGAGGCGGGUCCCCGACGGCUGCAUAAAAUGCAUAAAAAGCUCGGCGAAGCAGCGCGAGCCGACCGAGCAGGGCUGCAGGAGCGCGCCGCCCGGAGGGCCGCCCUGCUGAGCGCCCACCCACGGCCCGAGCAGCGCCGAGCCCCGCCGGCCCGUGCGUCCGAAUCCUCGUCCCCGAGAGCGCGAGACGCCACGGCAUGCCCGCCCCGCGGGGAGCGGCCGUAGGCAUCGACCUGGGCACCACGUACUCGUGCGUGGGCGUGUUCCAGCGUGGCCGCGUGGAGAUCCCCGCCAAUGACCAGGGCAACCGCACCACGCCCAGCUACGUGGCCUUCACCGACACCGAGCGCCUGGUGGGCGACGCCGCCAAGAGCCAGGCGGCCCUGAACCCGCACAACACCGUGUUUGACGCCAAGCGGCUGAUCGGGCUCAAGUUCGCCGACGCGACGGUGCAGGCGGACCUGCGGCACUGGCCCUUCCAGGUGGUAGGCGAGGGCGACAGGCCCAAGGUGCGCGUGUGCUACCGCGGGGAGGACAAGGCGUUCUGCCCCGAGGAGCUCUCGACCAUGGUGCUGAGCAAGAUGAAGGAGACGGCCGAGGCGUACCUGGGCCAGCCCGUGACGCACGCUGUGAUCACUGUGCCCGCUUACUUCAACGAUUCGCAGCGCCAGGCCACCAAAGACGCGGGUGCCAUGGGGCUCAACGUGAUGCGGAUCAUCAACGAGCCCACGGCGGCCGCCAUCGCCUACGAGCUGGACCGGCGGGGCGCCGGAGAGCGAAACGUGCUCAUUUUCGACCUGGGUGGAGGCACCUUCGACGUGUCGGUGCUCACUAUCGACGCCGGUGUCUUUGAGGUGAAAGCCACGGCUGGAGACACUCACCUGGGUGGAGAGGAUUUCGGCAACCGGCUGGUGAACCACUUCGUGGCGGAGUUCUGACGGAAGCACGGGAAGGACGUGGGCAAGAACAAGCGGGCACUGCUCAGGCUUCGCACGGCCUGUGGGCGCGCCAAGCGCACUCUGUCCUCCAGGACCCAGGCCACUCUGGAAAUCGAUUCCCUGUUUGGGGGUGUGGACUUCUACACGUCCAUCUCUCGAGCCCGCUUUGAGGAACUGUGCUCGGACCUCUUCCGCAGCAUCUUGGAGCCGGUGGACAAGGCCCUGCGGGAUGCCAAGCUGGACAAGGCGCAGAUCCAUGACAUUGUCCUCAUGGGCGGUUCUACCCGCAUCCCCAAGGUGCAGAAGCUGCUGUAGGGCCUUUUCCAUGGCAAGGAGCUGAACAAGAGCAUUAACCCGGAUGAAGCCGUGGCCUAUGGGGCUGCCGUGCAGGCGGCAGUGCUGAUGGGGGACACGUGUGAAAAAGUACAGGAUCUCUUGCUGCUGGACGUGGCUCCCCUGUCCCUGGGACUGGAGACAGCAGGUGGCGUGAUGACCACGCUGAUCCAGAGGAAUGCUACUAUCCCUACCAAGCAGACCCAGACAUUCACCACCUACUCAGACAACCAGCCUGGGAUCUUGAUCCGGGUGUACGAGGGCGAGAGGGCCAUGACCAGGGACAACAACCUGCUGGGGUGCUUUGAGCUCAGUGGCAUCCCUCCUGCCCCGCGUGGAGUCCCCCAGAUUGAGGUGACCUUCGACAUUGAUGCUAAUGGCAUCCUGAGUGUGACAGCCACUGACAGGAGCACAGGGAGGGCCAACAAUAUCACCAUCACCAACGACACAGGCCGGCUGAGCAAGGAGGAGGCGGAGCGGACGGUUCAUGAGGCAGACCAGUACAAGGCCCAAGAUGAAGCCCAGAGGGACAGGGUGGCUGCCAAAAACUCCCUGGGGACCUUUGUCUUCCAUGUGAAGGGUUCCUUGCAAGAGGAAAACCUUAGGGACGAGAUUCCUGAAGAGGACAGGCACAAAGUACAAGACAAGUGUCAGGAAGUCCUUGCCUGGCUGGAUCACAACCAGUCAGCAGAGAAGGAGUAUGAGCAUCAGAAGAGGGAGCUGGAGCAAAUCUGUUGCCCCACCCUCUCCAGGCUCUAUGGGGGGCCUGGUGUAUCUGGGGGUAGCAGUUGUGGAGCUCAAGCCCACCCGGGAGCCCCCAGCACAGACCCUGUCAUUGGAGGAAGUUGAUUGAAUGGUCCUUCCUAACAAGCCAGCUGUGACUGGAAGGCCUGAGCUUAUGAGCUCUCCAGAUUGUCUUCUAUGAUCCUACCCUGACUUCAGGAUGGGAGUGGAGAGGAAUCUUUCUCCCAAACAGGGAACUUUCUUCUCAGUAUGUUUUAUAAUUUAGGUCUUUAUCACUGACUUUUAAAAAUCCGCUUCUCCCACUUCAAACAGGCAGAAAUCAUUAAGAUUUGUGUGGCACUUGAGUACUGCUUUUACCAAUAUUUUGUUUAUUUUGUUACUUGCAUGUAUGGACUGUUAUGUGAAAUAUAGAUCUAAAUAAAAAUGUAAAACUCUUAGUUCUCAUA